AUGAGCAACUACUCCACGGUCCAUCCUGAAGGUCCCAACGGGGUUAGAUCGUCUCAUAUUCAAGCUCAUAGCUUUGAUAGCAGUCCUUCUCCUAGUGCGGACCUGUCAGACACGGCUAACCACUUAAACAACAAAAAGCACACUCGAAGAUCGGUGGCAUGUAAAAACUGUCACGCCCUCAAAGUCAAAUGUGUACCAAGCGAUCCAAACAGCCCUGCAAGCUCUUGUGUUCGAUGCCUUCAUACCAAGAAGAAAUGUGAAAUAAAUUUGAAUCAACCCAGAAAACGGCGGAAAAAGGCUGAAAUCGAGGAGAUGCGGCUCUUAGAACAACAGAAACUUACAAGUACUACCAGUGUAGAUACCAAGUUGAACACCAGUCAGAUGUCGCAGGAUGAUGGCAACUUAUCCCGUUCUUCGGGCGGUAGUCAUGCAGAAACUCCGUUGUCGAACCAAACCGCCCACAUGAAAAGUCUUGUUGCUGCUGUUGCCAUUCAAACACCUAUAACACCCCUGUCAGAAGCGCCGAAUGCCAUUGCAAUGGCUGAAUUACAUCGCCAGAUUAUGCAACUUAAGACCGAAGUGGAGUAUUACAAAUCUCGUUCUAGGUUGAUAACUGACGAGCGACAAUAUGUAAGUGAGGCCGACUUAAAGAAAGAACUUCAGGUGUUGGCCUGUGAUAGCCAAAGUCUCCUUCAGCAAAGUGUUGAGUUGAAGGAUUGGGCUUCCCAUAGAAGACUUAUGAUUACCGAUCCCAACGCCAAUAUUGAUGUUCUUAGUAAAGGCUUAAUUUCAGAACAAGAAGCCGAGGAGCGACUUAGACUUUACCGAGAACAAGUCCACGAUAGGUUCCCAUACUUUGGCUUCGAUGGAGUAUCAUCUGCAGCACAGUUAGCUGAAAACAGUCCAUUCUUGUUUAACUCAAUUAUGGUUGUUGCAAGUGUCAUUUUAACCAAUGCCGACCCAAUCCACUGUCAAAGACUAGAUAUAGAAGUCACUAGAGAACUUGUCACCAAUCUCUUGAUUGCUGGUUCUAAAAGUGACGAGAUUUUACAGGGGUUGGUAUUGUUGAGUUUCUGGUUUAAUUCUCCUGAGUUGGUGAGACAGAAAAGGUUCCAUCUCCUCAAUAGCUUGGCUAUCUCAUUAUUACAUGAUUUAGGACUUUUAGACAGAGAGGCAGAUAUUGCACCAGAAGUGAGCCUCCAACGUUGUAAGCUUAUUGCCGUGAUAUACACGUCUGCGGUCUCAACUUGUUUGAUUUUACGUCGUUCCAUUUAUGUUAGGUGGACCGCACAUGUGGAAAGAUGCUGCCAGAUCUUAGAAGCUCACCCACUUGUCAAAGUCAGGAAUUUGUCUACAUGUGCAAGACUCUGUAGAAUUCUUGAGCGGAUUAACACCCUUGUUCAUAAUUCUGAAUCGGCCGUGGACGAUACAACUGCCACUUUAUACAUGAUGAGUGAUUUUGGAGAACAGUUGAAUGAAAUGAAAAAGAAAAUUGACCCCGGACAGCAUGGGACUCUUUCUUUCUUCUAUGCGGUAGAAGCAUACUUACAUGAACCUUUACUAUCCCAAGUUGCUGGAGUAAACGAAGAGGAUGGACACCUCUUUUUCAAAGAACGGGCUGUUACGUCGAUCACCAAAUCAACCACUGCCUGUAUAAACUGUCUUACAGAGUUUUCGAAAUUGGAGAUCGAACAUAUCGCUUCCAUUCCCAUAAUGCUCACGUCAAGAAUAUUAUUCACUGCUGGCAUACUAUUAAGAUUACGUUAUUUGGUGCUUUCUGUGCCUUUGCAAAUUGAGAAGUCGGUUGUGCCUGAGGAUGCUAUUUCAAAGAUUCAAAGCUUGAACCUAAUGCUUAUGGAAGCUUCAAAAGCAUUCCCUGCAAACUUCACCUUGAGGAAAUUGUCUAUGACCUUACAACUCUUCAUUCUGGUGUAUUCGGUACAGAUCACGAAUCUUCUCAGAUCAAAUGACCGACUUGAGGGCCAUAAUCCUGAUCUCGAACAAUAUCUUAUGAAUGCUGGUAAAACUUUGCCUCUCAAUCAUCCUCAUGAAGAGCUUCCAUUGGAGGUCUUAUCCUACGCGGCUUCAUUGAAGAAAGAUCUUCGAGGAGUCAACGAAAUGACUAAGAAACUCAAAUUGAGCUCGAAAGGCAGUUUAAGCUCCUACUCCCACAGCGAGGAUGGUAAAACCCCAAAUUCAGCAUCUCCCAAUCAACAAGGUCCAGAUACUUCUUCGGCAGGACCUGCCAACAUUUACCCCUAUCCAAAUAGCAAUGGUAAUGGGAUUUCUGCCAACCAUCGUGCGAGUGCUGUGGGUACUCAAGCGGAUGGGGCAGCUACCGGAUUAGUAGGGUUUGAAGAGUUGGACAAAAGUCUAUACAAUUUCGGAGACGAAUUUUGGGGGGAUAUUGUAGAUCCAAUAUCCAAUAAUUUCAAUCUUGACAUCAAGUCCAUGUCAAGCGAUGUAUUUUCUAUGAGUUAA